UUAUUUCACGAUAUCCGGGCUCUAUCUAACAAGCUGUUUUUAGAACGUGCAAUUUCUAGUGUGUUCUUCUUUUGUUGUUUUUCUUUCCCGGUUUCAUGUGUUGCAAACUACUAUAAAAUGUCGGACAGUAACAUGAGCGACUCCGAGAAGCCACCACUGGAGGCAAGUGGGAAAGCACGUACAGACUCAAACGGGUCUGGCUCUGGACGGAAAGAGGUGGUCGCUGAGAGAGCGACGAGACUUAUUAAACAGUGCUACGAGGAACUGGAGAUGAGUAAGCCGUCUCUGACGUGCAAUCAGAGGGCGGCCGAGGCGAUUGAAAUAGCUAGGAGGAAGGCACAGCAGGAGGGAGAAGCGACCACAGAGGAUGUUGAGAUGGUUGCGAAGCCGACGCCGGGGACGCGACCGGUGGAGUGGCUUACUAUCAGUGCGCUUGAGAUGUUGGUUACCGAAUGUCAACAGAGAAAUGAUUAUCUUCCUCUCGUGCGACAAAUCGGACAAAUCUUCUCCAGCUCCGAGACACUAAACGCUAGCUUUUUACGAGACGACGUUUGUGCUGGUAGCAGCUCAUUUGGAGACACCGAUGACAUGACCGUCGACAUUGCCGCCGUACGUCAUGCCUACAAGCUCCUCUUUGGUGUGAAACAAUCCAAUCUUGAGGCAGCGCUUGUUAAUGCAAUGUUAAUGAUGUCAGACAACGUACAUUUUGACGUCGGACAAAAGCGCAAUCUAGACUCGCCAAAUUAUUGCAAUCAGUUUGUUAUCUGUAUGGAAAAUCCUGAACUUUUGAGUCCUGAAUACAUCGACUCCGCAUUUCCUAAAUUUCUUGCCGCACUGGCUCGUCUGCCGGAAAAGCAGCAGCAGAAACUCAUUCUCUACUGGUCGCACGAGAGCCCCGAACAGCUUCAACAGUACGUACAGUGUCUGCAUCAACUCAUCACGGUGAAAGUCAUUGAGGGACAGUUUAGUGAGAGAUCACGUAGUUUAGUAAACGACAAUCAAGGAAUUGUAGCUGCAGUCCAGAUCAUGAACAUGAUUUACCUUGCCAGUCUGCUUGGCGGUCUACGUCGAGAACACGAGAAUUCGAUGUUUCCCGUUGGUCCUGUAGCUGCUCUAGGUGAUGUCGCAGAUUCGAGUAGUUCAGCAGUGGCGGCAGCCGCCGAGGCAGUGAAAGGUGCAUCAUCCGAUGAAGACAUCAUUGUGUAUCCGAUGGGUUUGUUUGGUCCGGCCGUUCGACAGAAACAGCAGUCUCAACGAAGUAUGAAGAUAGAAGACUUUGACCAGUUGUACAAGAUGUUUGGACGUUUCUCGUGGGAUUGUCGUCACCCGUUGCUCGAGCACGAGGAGUUCUAUAACGAUUCACUAGACGAUGCCAUUCAAUUGGAUCAAGACUUUGUCUUCUUCAAGGUGGAGGACAGAAGGCCUUCGUUUCUCAAUUAUCCUUUUGUGCUGCGGCCUGCCACUAAAGUGAUGGGUCUGUUCUAUGACAGUCGGAUUAGGAUGCAUCGAGAGCGCAGGCAUGCUCUACUGCAUAUGUUGACGACGGGCGAUGAGAAUAUGCCGUACUUGAAAUUGGUUGUCAGGCGGGACUUCAUGAUUGAUGACGCUUUAGUUCAGUUGGAGAUGAUUUGCCAAGACAGACCUCAUGAUCUUAAAAAGCAGCUGUUCAUUCAGUUUGAUGGAGAACAGGGUGUUGACGAAGGUGGAAUUCAGAAAGAAUUUUUCCAGCUUGUUGUAGAACAACUCUUCAAUUUCGAUUAUGGCAUGUUUAGUGCUAUAGAAGAGACUCAGCAGUGUUGGUUUAAUCCAUCUUCAUUUGAGAAUGACAGCCAGUUUACUCUCAUAGGUAUCAUGCUUGGUCUUGCUGUUUAUAACAGCAUCAUCUUAGACAUUCACUUUCCAAUGGUGAUAUAUCGUAAACUCAUGGGGCUUCCAGGGACAUUUGAAGAUCUCCAAGAUUCGCAUCCGGUAUUAGCAAGGAGCCUAGCAGCGUUAAUAGAAUACAAUGGUGAUGUCGAAGAGCAGUUCAUGUGUAGAUUUAGUGUUAGCUAUGCAGACGUUUGGGGUACGACGUGCACAUAUAAUCUGAAGGAGAACGGAAACGAAAUACCCGUGACCAAUGAAAACAGGAAGGAGUACGUCCAACUGUACACUGACUUUAUUCUUAAUAAAAUGAUCGAGAAACAGUUUAGUGCAUUCAAGAGAGGCUUCGAUAUGGUGGCCGACGAGUCUCCAUUGAAGCUUUUCUUCCGACCGGAUGAGCUGGAGUUGAUCAUAUGUGGCAGUCAUGACUUUGACUUUGAAGUGUUGGAAGCAUCAACACAAUACGACGGAGGAUUCACUAGCGAUUCUCCAGCUAUAAGGUGGUUCUGGGAGGUAGCGCACGAGAUGACGAACGAACAGAAGCGACAACUUCUUAGUUUCUCGACCGGCAGCGACCGCGUCCCAGUCGGAGGCUUGAGCAAAUUGAAAUUUAUGAUUGCCAGAAACGGCCCCGACUCUGACAGGCUUCCAACGGCGCACACGUGUUUCAACGUGUUAAUGCUAGCCGAUUACUCAUCGAAAGCCAAACUGCAGGAGCGUCUGCUCAAAGCAAUCACGCACACAAAAGGUUUUGGCAUGAUAUAGUCUGUAUACUCGUGUGUGACCGUGUUUACUCGUUUUGCUACAAAUCGUUCUGCGUCUAUGGAAUUUGUGAUGUUUAGAAGUUCUUAUGGUACAG